CUGUUCGAGCGCGGAGCGAUUCGGCCAUAUAAUAUAUACAUUUACAUUUUUCUUCUGACAUCACGGGGUGGGGGAGAUAAAAGCGACUUUAGCAAGUUCUCCCCUCCAGUGUCCGGCGACAGUUCGCCUGGCGAUAGCCAGACCGUUGACCGACAAGGUUUCCGUUUUUUUGUCUUUUGCCAACGGUUGGGCCCGACACACGUAUCUGUCCGCCCACCGAUCUUGUGUAUGCUGUCUCUUUGUGCCACACACCGGAAUCUGCCAUCAUCGACCAGGCUACGGGCAUCGUCGGGCAAGUUGCAACGAACCAGGUCGUCCUUAUUAUUUUGUAAAUCAUUAUUUUUUUGUAAUUUUAUACUAUAUUGUGUACUGAUAUUGUUAUUUAUAUAAAUAUAUAUAUACAUGUAGUGGUAAUUAUUCCUGGGCGCCCUAUACCACCAGUUCAUUUAUUAUUAUUAUUAUUAUUAUUAUUUAAUUUGAUAUUUGUAUUGUUCAAUAUAUUCUGUCGAUCGGUGUCUUAAGCACCUUAGAAUUAUCUGACGUGAUAUUAUUUUGCAUAUACUUGGAUAACCCAUUCCGCUCCUGUCUACAACAUAACACGCGAGUCGUUGCCGACAACCGCCGAUCAUUGUAGGAUAUUUAACGGCGCCACAAACACUGCAACCGACGCAGCUAACUAUUAUAAUAUAAUAUAGUUAUAUCGGAUACCUAUACCAUUGGCACGCAGCGCGUAUUAAAUAAAUUUAAUUUCAAGUGUAAUAAUAAAUUAAAAUUAAAAAUGUUCACCAACCGGGGAAGACCGGUCAACCAAUAAACCUAUACAAUAAUAUUGUCAACCUCCGGUGAACACCCUAGCACUAUACUCGGUACCCAAAAUAUCAGGGCAAACACAACUAACACGUCCAGAACAAACCGCUACCGAACCUCCUUGUGAGGUCGGAUAACCACGCUCUGCUACCAAAAAUGUUGCGCCACGCCGCAUCUACUUAUGUAUCUCGCGGUUAGCGGCAACGACUUGCGGGGUGCUGUAGACGGGAAGGGUUACCCAAAGUAACGAAUAGCUUUAUAUAUAAAUAAUUGGUACUAAAUGUUACUGAACGUAAAUAAUGGCAUAUAAUAAAGCAAUAGUAUAAAUAAUAAUUAAUAGGUGGGCGCCCAAAUGAUUACAAAAUGAUAAUACACUUAACUUCGCGAUAACUAUAGUAAGUCACGCGACCGACGUUGUACAAAACAAAAUAUAAUAAUAAAAUAUAAUAGGUAUAUAAACCAAAAACUUGACGACUAUAAGGCACGGCUAAGAUGACCACACGCGUGACACGUCAGCGACGGCAACUCUUUGGUCCGAUGCUGAAGUGGCGACAACUCUUCACUCGCAUCGACAGCCACAACACUCACGGGUAGCGAGAAUACGGUAAAAUAAUCCUCCCGACUAUCUCGGGUGGCAAGUAUCUUGGAGUUUUCAAUAAACGCGAUGCGUCUUCCAACCCGUGAAACGACUACUUAGUAAUUUACAAGCUCGACGACUUAACAACAAACGCGUCGGCUGCAGGUACGCGCGGUGAUAGUCGCCAGACGGCAAACGCGACGAGCGAACGCAACGAUGCGUCGGGCUCGACCGCCUGGAAAAGACACGCCGACUUGCGGCACAGCCCACGGCAGCGAAAGGCCCGGCGUUGGACGGCCCAGGAGGGGGUAAGCCCCCUCGUGAGCUUCGGCAUUCGAGGAGCAGCUUUGGGGACUUCGCCGAAACUACGGUGGCGCGAAAACGCGUCCGCGGUGUUCGAACGAUAAUCUUUAUCUCGUAAUAACAUUGCCAUUUAAACAAUAUAUUUAAAAACUUCGAAUAAAAUUACAUAUUAAAAUGAUUAAUUCAUAUUUUUAUACUUUUAUGUUUAAAUUAUGAAAAGUGUAUUACGUUUCGCUUUUGAGUGAAACAGUGGUUAUAGAUAGCGCUAGCAUAAUUGUACUAUAUUUCUGUGCUACUCCCGUACUAUCUACCUAUGCUUCAACCAUGCUCGAAACUCAAAUAAAAUAAGUUAAGACAGAAUACCGUGGUACCGACGAACACUUCAUAUCGGUCAUACAGUCCUAUUCUAACUGAUAAGUCGUUCUCGUCGUUCAUAUUAUAUUCCGAAUUCCGAUUGAUAAAUUAUAUUAUACAAUAUAUAUGACUAACGAACUUAUGUACUAAACCUAUACUACGAUAAUUAUUGAUCGAUUGCUAUUGUUUACAGGUAGGAGCGAAAAAAGAACAUCAAUGUUCGUAAUAGGCGUGGUAAACUAGAGUGAUGCGCGAAUGCAUAAAAAUCGCAAAAUAUAGAAUUUCAUUAGGCCAUAACUUCGGAACUAAUGCCGACCGCCAAAUUCUGACUUCACUAUUGUUUUAAUAUAGUUAACUACAUAAGUCUAAAAAAAAAUAUUGCAAAAAAAGAGUGUCCGGUAAAAUAACAAAACACCAAUGUAUGUAGGUCACUAAUUAAUAGGUAGAACAUAGCUAAUGUUUUAUCUUUUUAGGACAUAACGCAAGUGAUCUAAUCAUUGGGUAUUUUUAUGAUAUGUGAAAACGUGCUAAAUAAAAAAGAUCACGGGAUUCUUACUAUUAAUCCGUCCUUGGCCGAUACCUAUUUUGUAACCGUACAUCCAUCACUUAAGCCACCCACGGUGCCAGAUGUUGCCUGUCGCAUAGUACGCUUACACACCCCCAUAUCUACUCUACAGGCUAGCUAACCCCCACUGAAUCAAAAUCCUGCAAAAUCAGGACGUACACACUGCCGCUGAGCACAUUCCAGUGGUGCCGAUUUUCACAACAUUCUGCUUGUUUUUCAUGCCGGUACCGUCCAGCAGCUCAGAACACAGACGACGCAAAUGGUGUACACAGGUAAACAAGCGAACAAUCAAACGAACAAUCAAAAUCUGUGACAGUGGUGAUAACCGUGAUUCGUGGUAUAGACCCAAGUCAACGUCGUACAAAGCAAACAACGUCAGCUGCAGGUUACGUCAGGUUACAAAAUAUGGACGAACACGAAUCACAUGUGGAUAAUAAUGACACGUCGAGAAAAUUCGCGAUGCCGUUCUCCAUGCUCAAGCUUGCGUACUAUAGGUGUAGUCCCGAGGAGCGUGAAUUGUACGAUACGAAGGCCCAUGGAGUGCGGGUCGACUUGAAGGCAUGCUGCAAUUACCUGAUGGCACCCGGCGAUAGGUUGCGGGAAAUUAAACCGGAUGCCAAUAAGUUAGAUGUGUGCUCUGAAGCUUCCUCUUUCGGACACUUGGACUGCUUGCGACAGGCGCAUGUCGCGGGCAUACCUUGGAACUGGCGCUCGGUCGAGUUGGCCUGCCGAUACGGGCACCUCGAUUGCUUGACUUAUUUGCAUACGAACGGUUGCGACACUGGCGGAAACGUUUCCGCGUUGUCCGCGGCCAGCGCCGGCCAGAUUUCAACGUUGGAGUACGCGUUGAAUAACGGGUUCCCGCACCCGAGAAACUUGUGCACGGAGGUCUCUCGGCACGGCCACUUGGAGUUAUUGCGCUACUUACGAUCGUCGGGCUUCCCCUGCGACGAAACAACGACUGCGGCGGCUGCUGAACACAAUCAGCUGGAAUUACUUAAGUUCCUGCGGAGUGAAAAUUGCCCCUGGAACGAGUCGACGUGCAUGCUUGCAGCACUCAAUGGGCACCUAGAAGUUCUGAGGUAUGCACACGAAAAUGGGUGUGCUUGGGAUCAAAGUACCUGCCACUCAGCAGCGAGGAACGGCCAUAUCGAAUGCCUUAAGUAUGCGCAUAUCAACGGGUGCCAAUGGAACAUGUUUACACCUGUAGCCGCGGCCAUUAAUAAUCAAAAGGAUUGUUUCAUUUACGCUGUACUCAACGGUUGUCCUUGCCUGCCAUCGUUGACCUGGGAUGAUUUGAUGUCACACUUACAUAAUCAUAACGCCGAUGACCAAUGAUUGUAUUUCGAUUUUAUUAUCCAGCCGCGCACUUAUAUUGUAUUAUAUGUAUAUAUGUAUUAUAUUAUAACCUAUCGUUAUUAAAAAUAUUUA